UCCUGUUUUAGUUACAAACGAAAAGUUACUGACGAAAAAUGCCAAAAAAAGGCAAAGGGUCUGAUUUGAGCCGCAGUACAAGUAAUGCUCGGUACUUGCGAAAUAGCAGAUCCAAAAGAACAAAAGUACAAAUCCAGCAACAAAAUACUGAUGCACGUGUCAGAAUGGUGCAAUUGCAAGAAGAGCCAGAAGAUACACGAGCUGAACGCAAUGAAGUCAUAAGAUUAGAACAACAACAAUCACGCCGUUUUACAGUCAAUAGACGAAGAACAAAUGAUCAACAACGACAACAGGUGGUAAAGAAAUGUCCGCAUUGUCAUGCUGUCAAAUUCAAAAAUGAGCCAGCUGGGAUGUGUUGCGCGUCAGGAAAAGUACAACUACCUGAAAUUGAAACACCACUUGAACCAUUGAACGGCUUACUUAUCGGCACGGAUCCAGAUUCUAACGUGUUCCUGAAGUCAAUUCGAAGAUUCAAUUCAUGCUUUCAAAUGACAUCGUUCGGAGUAACAUUCAAAAUCAGAGGGCAAGUUCAUCAUAAAGUUUAAUGGCUUACUGCUGCCAAUGCCAAACGAACUACAUAAGUUCUUACAAAGCAAGAGAUUGAUAUUGU